AUCGAAGACAGCAAUUAUGGCAUCAAACAUCCUCAAGCGUGCCCAGUGAUCCCAGGCGGCCAGUCCGUCCGGCUUUGAGUACGGCCGGACUGGCCCAGGCUUUUUCAGGGAUGGCCGGGCCGGACUGUGGGAAAGCGGCUUUUCCAAACCAAAGCCGGGCCCGGCCUGGGUCACCCACAGGCCGAUGUUUUAAGGGAUCACGUGUGUUUCAUUACUAAGAAAUAUUUCAUUAUUCAACAGGACUAACUAUUUCAUGCGGACAAUACAUAUCCACCCGGGGUGGCUAGGGAGUUGUGUGAAGAAUAGUAUAGUGUCUUGAGGUAGGACAGCAUAUUUGGGUACCAGGUACAGCGGGGGUCCAUCGCUGGAUGUCAUACAUUUACCUUAAGCGAGAUCUAUAGUGUCAGGCGCAUGUUGCUCUUGGUAUCUUGUUCCGAGUGGUUAAAAGUGGAAAGCCUGCAGGCUGCCCGUGGGUAUCUUCAGAUUACCUGGGCAUCUGGCGGCUCUAACCUAGGUUGCGCCAAGACUCGCGGUUGCCUAGGCGCCGCCGGACUUUGACGACCGUAGAGAAUCUCGACCGGGCUGGCCCAGGCUUUUCAAAACCAAGGCCGGACUGACCGGACUGCCGACCUGUAGUCCGGACUAUGGUCCAGACUGGCCGCUUGGGAUCACUGAGCGUGCCAUUCGCCCACACCUUCAAUUUAUCAAAUACGUCCGGCCCCACCCAGCCCGUCAACAGCUGUUUAGCACGGACUCUGGCCCUGAACCGGACUCCAUUCCAGAAAAUUGUAGCGAGGGCAAUGAGGGUUCCGUUCAGAGUCUCAUGGUACGUUAUUAUUUUCAUUGCCACUAAUCCCACUAACAAAUACCAUGGCAGUGGGGCCGUAUUUUCAGCAAUGACAGGCGUCUCAAUGAGCUUACAAAAGUUUCUUUCCUAUAUGUUUGGUCCGGUUUACCGGCAGCUUACACUUGACAUAGGAUUAUAAAAACUCGGAGAUAACUGCACAAAGAACCAUGGGCGAUAUUACUACGACAAUGAAGACCCAAUUUGCCAACGUCGACACCCAAUUUGCCCACGUAAGGGCUGAGUUUACGGACAAGUUUGCUGAAGCGAAGGUCGAUUCAAACUACGUAAAGUCUAAAUUGUCGUUCAUCCAAUGGCAGCUUGGGAUUGUUGGCAGUGCUGUGGUCAGUUUUCUCGGUGUAAGUUAUCCCUGGGAUGAGAUUUUCACUGUUACUGACAUUAGGGCUUCUAGUUUGCAGGAUACGGAUUGAAAAAGUUGAUGGAUGUAUAUAUCCCGCAGGUUGCUCCCGAAAUUCCUGCUCCACCUGCCACGGUAAGGCUUAAUGAGAAACCCCGCAGGGCAGAUUACUGACAGAUUAUUCACAGAAGGGUAGGAAUGUUCCAGGUGCUGCGGAGGGUCACUGUGCUGCGGAGGGGCAAGAACAGUGAUUUCCUUCGCCCUCCGUCCUUUUAAUUCUUUCGCCCCGUUUUGCCCACUCUUAUUUUCCCCCUGGUCUAUCCCUUUGUUUGUUAAGUUUCGAUGGGAUACGCUUACUUGUAUGAAGGAGAUAUCGUUAAAAAUAAAAUUCUUUCCAUAAA